CUGGGAUAUCCUUGAAGGAUGCGGCUGAGGACCUACGAAACUGGACAGUGGUCAGCGCAUUGGUCAGUCACGCACGUAAUUUUGGUAUUACCCCUUCGGGACGACAGCUCGCAACGGGAUAGGCAGAGUUCAGAGGUCACCACCGUACUUUUUCCCGUUUCUUCUCACAGUCCGAGCAGCAGGAAACUUAAGACGUUUUCACGUUGAAUUCUAAUGAUUUUUGUAUUCAAAUGCGGAUUGCUCCAACCAGUUUGGGCAGUUGCCUUAGCACCCAAGGGAGUGUCCCCUGAAUGGCAAGGCGCGCAUCCUGCUGACGGCGGGAUUGGCCCAUCGUCCAUCGGUCAAGUUGUGUGCGAAUCGCAUCCAAAAUGGCCAAUGUCCCAAGUUCGGACUUCGCUUUCAUUACUGCCAACUCUUUUUGUUCGGUGGCCCCGACAAAGGGGUCAAUUUGAAAGGGCAACAGUUGAUGUUCAGGGCGCAUGAGUUGAGUCCUGACAUGGGUGGCCAU